GGGCUUCUGUGUGCCCUCGGAGCCAUGCUGAGGAGCUGCGCCGCGCGCCUGCGCACCCUCGGGACCCUGCGAGGAGGCGCGCGCCCGCCGACCAGAAACCCGAUCCCCGCGCAGAGGUUGUUUUCUUCAGAGGAGGUCAUUCCGAAGGACCGCUCUCUCCCCAACCCCAGCUGGAACAAGGAGUUAAGGCUCCUCUUUGAGCAGUUCAUGAAGAAAUGUGAAGAUGGCUCUUGGACACACAUGCCUUCCUAUAGCUCUCUAAAUACUCAAAUUCGAGACUUCAAAACCCUUAUGCAUGACAGAAAUCCAAGCCAAGUUCUCAGACCGCAAAACAAGACAAACGGAGGAACAGGAUGCAUAACCAGUGGGUACCUGAGAGCAGCUUCACCAGCCACAUUUGAAAGAACUAAUUCCUAACACGUGUUUUGCUCCUGCUAAGCUGAAUUUGGAAAGGCAGGAACAACAUAGAAUUUUUACCUUCCUCUCUCGACCUGGCAGUAGAGACAAAGAUCUAGGAGAGUAGACUUUGCUAAGAAGUCUUAACCUUUGCCAGCUUCUGCCAGAUUUCCCAGGAUCCCAUCUGCCGGCUUUGGAGCAAGUAGAGGUGCCCCAGCAGGUCCCAUCUGGGUUACCGGAAACUAUAGGGGAGGGAAAGUCAUUUUCCUUCUAUCCUCCUGAGUUCUUGGCUGAGACUCCUGUAAUAAAAGACAGACUAACAAGAAAAACAGCAGAAGUUUGUUUAUUAACAUGUAUACCUCACGAAUACAUGGCAGAUUCCCAGGGCAAAAUGAAUGACCCCUCCUCUCUGGCCGCCUGCCCUCUCCCGUGUUUUUGAACUCAUGUUUGGUUGUAUCUCCCUUUAAAUGGAGAUAAUAAUAUCCACCUUUUCCUACCAUUUUAGAAGAUGCUGUGAUGCCUAAUUAGACUCUUAAAUUAGACUUUCGCAUCUAAAACAAAAACUCGCAGCACCUGCCCUUAGGAGGAUGUAAGAAGUACACCAUUC